AAACCGUCAUCCCUUCCAACCGUCCUUUCUGUAUUAUAUCGCUAAGGAUAAAAUCGUUGGGUAGGGUAGGGUACGAUAGCACACACUUGGCCAUUUUUAUAUCUGCCUCCUCACCACCUCCGCAACUGCCGACUUCUGUGGAACCAUUGCAUGCUAGCUGAAUGCUUCAUGCGCCAACAUCUACAAACAGCAGUCUUGGGAUGCAAUUAACGGCCGCUGACUGGUCUAUAUCGCUUCUAUCACCUAUUCACCAUUUAUCACCCACACACCCUGGAAUACAAUCGGGUCAUAAGCCACCAGCCACAAUCAAAACCGCGCAAGCAAGCCUCCAAUGCGUCUUCUUCCAUCCAUUCGCACUACGGGCUACGGGAGAGACUACACGUGUAUGGAUUGCAACGGACUCAUCCCGUUUCGCGCCGGUAUCCUUUUUCCCCCCCCCCCCCCCUCUGUCUCUCUCUCUCUCUCUUCAUAUUCCAUACGUUUGGCGUGUUGCGCACCAUCAUUCCCUCCCUUACCCAUGACACAAUAUUAAAAUACCAUGCUUUUCAUAGCAUCUGCCUAACGCUCUGCCACAUCCGUUAUUAAUACUACUACUGCUACCACAACUACUGUUGUUACCAUCGCUAGGCGAGGCUAGUUGAAGGCUAGUACGCUGUCUAGAUGUUGUGAGCUAGUAUCCUCCAUCGGAUCCGUCACAUCCAACCACUUUUUUAUUAAGGAUGUAUCAGGCCGCGAGUAAUGGGAGUUGAAUCCACUAGAACACCGACCAACAUGCUACACGCAAACGGAUCGGUAGCGAAGCGAAGCAAAGAUUACACAGAUAUAGACGCUAGUCAUCAAUCAUUCACUACAGCUCAGCACAGCACCUUCCUCACCAGCACCAUAAUCAUUAUUCAUGCUGUCACUUUGUUCAACUACGUAUACGGUAAUGAUACGUAUGCGCGCUUUCUAGACUGGCGCGUCCUUUCCAUUAUAAGCGCGCGCAUGAGUGUGUGUGUGUGUCUGUGUGUGUGUCGGGGGGUACACGUGUGAGUACCUGCUGCUAGGGAUCUAUGCUUAGCCGAGCCUGCCAGCCAACUCGUCCUUUCGCGUGCUUAUUAUCACUAUUACCAUGACCACUACUGUUACUACUACUAUUACUACUACUACUACCAAACGCUGCCACACCUCUAGCGCCGCCUGCCGCUGGCUAGCGGAGUGCCUUUUUGGGAGGGAUUUGAACGCGGACCGUCGAUCGUCGUCUAGAUUCCGGAUCGAGAGGUAGGGAUAAACCUCUCCGUUCCUUGAUGGCACGGUUUACAGUGCCAGGUAUGCAGCUGUUAGGUGUCUCGGUAUCUGCGGUCUCGGUUUACCCUGAACAUCAGCCGCUCGCAGUGGCGAGUGGCACGAGUGGCGAGGUACUGGUGGGAACCGAUACGACCACUGCGCACACAGCAGCCUCAGGCACAGACACCGACGACGUGGCCACUGGUGUUGCUGACAGACGCACCAAACCAUCGUACGGUUUCAUCAGCCAACACCACAAGCACCACUUUCUUCAACAAGAGUGCGAGUUGGUGAAGCGCGAGCUAAGCCGCAGCGCGGCAGAGAUAGCCAAUCGCAAGAACCGAAACCGCUCACCAAGACCGGUAACGCAAAGGCCAGCUACGCCAGCUUCGGAGGCGCAUGGGGUGCCACCGAUACGUGGCAACGGGCAGCCAGUGGAGGAACAGUCACAGCACCCACCACCGCUACCGCUCCAAUCGCCAGAGCUUCAGAGCUCGCACGAGUGUCUCCGAUACCAUCAUCUUCAUCAUCAUCAUAAGCAACACCAAAACUUCUCCUCUUCCUCCACUCAUCAAGUCGUUUAUCAUCAUCACGAUCAUCAUCAUCAUCACCAGCAACGUUAUUCUAGUGGCCAGCAGUGGCUUCUGAGCGGCGGUAGCAACCGAUACAAUGAAAUUGCUCUUCCAGGAGCAGCUCCACACUGGCACUCACCCACUGUGCCAAAGCCACUGGAACCGCAAAGACAGGGAACAUUUGCCACCACGACGGUUACUCCUCUGUCACUGAUGGCACCCGCAUCAUUGCUUAAGCCCAAACCAUGCCAUCAGUAUCAUCCCAAUUAUUAUUCGGUAGUGCUACUGCGCGGUGGCGCGUCAGGAUAUCAGUCAGCACAGUUAGAGACGCUGAACCGCAUGGGUCCAUUGAUUACCAAUGGAAUCCUUGGCAGCGGGAACACAAACACCGCUACCAAUAACACGAAUACCAUCAGCAGCAGUAGCACCAUGCCUGCGGAACCUGCUUUCGUUACCCCAUCAUCAUCAUCAUCAUCAGCAGCAGCAGCAGCAGCAGCAGCAGCAACAGCAGCAGCAGCAGCAGCAGCAGCAGCAGCAGCAGCAGUAAAAGCAGCUACAGCAGCUAGAACAGAAACAACAUCUACGACAGCCACUCAAAAAACCUCUACUGAUAAUUCUCUUUUCAAAUCAUGGCCACCACCACUACUGUCGUCUUCAUCGUCCUCAUCUAUGAAUCGUCCGUUUGCGUCAACAACGAUUGUGCACAUCACUGGAACAACAACAACCAACUACAAUACCAACACCUCAACCUAUGCCACAUUGGGGCCGGGUCCGGCGAUCGCAGACGGCUCUACUAUUGACCGAAGCAGUGGUGCCAAUCCCCUGCUGCGUCUAGUAGCUUCAUCCUCAUCAGUGUGCAGUCCCAUAAACACCACCACCAUUACUACUGUCUUCACAUCGGUGGCAAACCGAGUCCAAUCAAGUACACUACACGAACCGGUUGACAGGUUGCUAGAAACAAUCCUACCAUACCGUAGCACCACCACCAGCUCCAUUUUGCAACCCUCUGCAGCAUCCAUGCUCACAUCCUCACCACCAACACGGUAUACACGGUAUACACCACCAUCGGUACUGCGACAAGUGUCCCGAGCCCGAUCUGGGGGGGUAACAGCACUGUCACCGGCCGGUGCGACAUCCGCUAGUAAUUCUCUCGAUUCUUCCUUCUCUUCCCCGGCGGGCUCAUCCCUCUGGACCGAUCCCUUUUCCAACACCACCACCACCACCACCACCACUACAACUACUAUUGAUCAAUCCCGCACCUUUGUAACUGGCACAACCUCCUCUAUAUCAUCUCCUUCCCCCCUCCACGAUCUGAUCAAUAACCUUACAAACCAACACGAUCAUUACCAAACCUUUGGGUGGAACAAUCACUUCAAAAAUUCUUACAACAACAACACCGAUCAUACUAAUACGGCAUCGAACGACAUGAACACCAUUCGCACGAUGAAAUCCCUAAACAUUACGGUGAACAUGGAGGAAUCGUUUACGCAGGCGACGAUCAAGCUACGCCCAGCGGCAUCGUCUCGUUCCUCGACGACGGCUCCGUCGGUCGUGGCAACGACUGCGACGAUCACUACCGUGAGCAACGGAGGCUCCGGCAGCGCCAGCGAGAGCAGUGCGUCGGUGGUGGUCCCAGGACGCUCGCUAAAACCGGCCGCCCUAGCCACGGUCUCGGCGACGACCGACGACCUACGACGGGCUGGCGAGAGCACAGGGAGUGAUGCGACAGGUGCCAAGGAUGGCGACUACCACGUAACGGCUACGAUUCGCAUCAAGCCUCGGGCAACCAGCAACAGCAGCAGCAGUAGCAGUACUCGCAUCAGUGCACUCAGUGAACCCAUUACCACCACCGUAUCGAACGUGGUCGUCAUUGCAAGCCGGAACGGAACAGGAACCACAACAACCGCCACCGGUACCAGUGCGGGAGGUUCGUCGGGCAACAGUAGUAGCAACAACGGUAGUACAUGCAGUAGCAGCAACAGCCUGAGCUUCCGGCACGAAGAAGAGGAGGAGGGUAACCAACAGAACAACAAUAACAGUCAUGCGAACAGCAAUGGCGUCAGCGAUAGCCAUAGUAGACGGGCUAGUAACGGGCCUCUUUGCCUACAGUCUACCGGCAUACGGCGUGGUUCGAACAGUAACAACACCAUCAAUAACAAUAAUAAUGGGUACAGUGAGCCGAUUGAAAAUAGUAGCAGCAGCAGCAGCAGCAGCAACGGAAUUGAGAGCCACAACGGGGCCACCGGCAAUGCACCCGUAGACAGUGCACGUUCGCUAAACGCGCACGAAGACCUGGCUGGGAAUGAUAAACUAAAAGCGAACGAAGACGGCAGAGUGAACUAUCAGCUUCGGACAGGCACCAGCACGAAAGGGCUAUCCUCGACGUCUAGCUAUCGAAGCAGUAAAGACUAUGAUUCGGCCUACCGUGUGUCGUCGUCGGGCUCUGGAUCAUCAGGGCCUCACAAGUCGAGCUAUGAUACGGAUUACGAUGUGACGGAUUCAGUGCGCGGUAGGAAGGAAGGAUUGUGUGGGCUGUGGAACAUUGGCAAUACCUGCUUCAUGAACUCCAUCAUCCAGUGUCUCAGUCAUACCCGUGAGCUGACGACUUUUCUGCGUAGUCAGUCAUCGAUCGAGCGAGGCGCGAACAAGGAUCACCGUAUCUUGGCCGAAUACACCAAGCUGCUCAAAGAUAUGUGGAGUGGUACGCAGCGCAGCGUUAACCCGUCGGAGCUGAAGUACGCUUUCUCCAGCAAACACCGGAUGUACUCUGGUUCGGCCCAGCAGGAUGCGCAGGAGUUUUUGCGUUUCUUUCUUGACACGCUGCACGGAGCCUUGAAUGUAGCAGUAAAGCGCGAUCCGCUCGGUGAUAUUGAUGAUGAUAUGAAUAAUCGUGUUAAAGCGGAUCUGCUGUGGAACUGGUAUUCGAAGGCAGAAAAUUCCAUGAUUAAAGACCUGUUUGUGGGGCAGUUACGCAGCACUCUGAAGUGCACCUACUGUGGCACCGAAAGCACCAUGUUCGAUCCUUUCUGGGAUUUGAGUCUGCCCCUACCGUCAUCGAAUUCACGGUGCAAAUUGGAAAGCUGUCUGGAAAUGUUCAUCAAAGAAGAGAUACUGGAUGGUAUUGAUCAGCCGACCUGUUCCAAGUGCAACACGAGACGAAAGUGCACCAAGAGUCUCACAAUCGAGCGAUUCCCCAAAUAUCUCGUGAUCCAUUUGAAGCGAUUCUCGGAAACCCGAUGGAGCAAGCUAACGAACGUAAUAGAAUUUCCAACCGGUGAUAGAGAGCUCAACCUUCAGCCAUACGCCUCCGAGGACAAUAUGGGGCCAGUUAAUUAUUCUCUAUACGGGAUUUCUAACCAUAUGGGUUCCACUGCUGGUGGUCAUUACAUUGCUGUGUGUAAACAUCCCAUUACGAAAGAGUGGAAUGAGUUCAACGAUAACUUCGUCAGCGAAACAACAGAACGUAGUUUGGUGACUUCCAGUGCCUAUGUCCUGUUUUACGAGCGUGCCUAGAAUACAAUACGUGAGUUUGGAUGCUGUGCAAAUUGUUAACAAACGUGAUGAUAGAGAAGGGAAGAUGCGGGUCGGCGGCUGGACAAUGCUUUUGUCUAAAUAUUCUUUCCGACGGCCGUGUGAAACGCGUAUUUAAUUCGGUAACACCAACGGCAACGAAAACGAUGCAAAUUAACCGAAAACUAUGAAUACUAAAAAACCAUACACCGCUAGGAAAAGUCUUUUGAAGAGGAGCAGAUAAGAAUGUGCCUCAAAUGGCUCUAGCAUACCAAUAAUGCACAGUACAGCAGAGGGAAAUGUAAACCAAACCUAAAUCUUUUCAAUAGCGAAAGUAAUAGACGAUGGUAGACGUUAAGUGCUGGGCAUGAGAAUCUAGUUCCUUUCUUUCCUAUCUGGCAUAUCAGGUAUUGAAAGUAAGGCUGUAAGGGCUAGUUACAGUAGAACACAAAAAGCUAGAUCUAGUGCAAAGCUAUGUUACAGCUAGAUAUGAACAACGAUGACUACACAGAGAGUGAAAUAUAUUUAGAAUAUACCUCCUGGUUGAACCAGGUGUACAACUUCGCAUUCACCUGUUGUCGGUCGGCGGUUUGUUGCACACAAAUUUUAUGUUAACUAUGUUUUCAUGCUGAAUUUUACCAUGUCAUCAUCUUAUACGCUAAAGUAGCACACUAAACGUAUACGUUUUGACUUUGUCUCGAACUCCAACAAACCAAUUUGAUAGAUCAACACAUUUAGUGGAAAUAUUUUUUCUCCUGUCCUAUUAGUUUACCUCUUGUUCUUAUACAUUUCUUAAAAAAAAGAUUGUUUUUUAAGUGAGAGUUUAAGUGAGAGAUUUCGAAAUUUAAAUAAUUUUCAACGUAAUUUCCACAUUUAAAUUUCUCUUCAUCAGGAAACAAUACACCAUAUGCAAUUGCGAGCUCUCGAUAAAAAUCCGCCGUAGAAUUCUUCAUAUUGAAGUACCAACUCAAUUAAUUGUUCUGAUUUCACAAUAGCACGGGGUUUAUUUUUCGGAACGUAUGCAACGAUGCACACUCUACGUUAAUGUAUUUAGUUUUGCGAUCGCUGCCUAAUGUUCAAACAUUCUGUAGGGAAACAGGGCAAAGUUGUACACCUGAGAGACAUACCGAGAACAAUAUGUAAACGAAAUUGAGAUUUAUAUAUAAAAAGAAAACAUAAGCUGAGCGAGAUAACGAACAAGGUUUGAUAGUUUCUUGUUUAUUUAUUCUUAACUUGUACGAGCUAGGAUUACGUAUAGAUACUAAAAAAAAACUAUCGCGACAAAGGAACAGGAAGCUUUAGCGAAGACAAAGGUAUUGUUUGAAAGGGAGAUGCCACUGGCAAUAGAAUGUGAGUAAUGUAGUAGCAAAAGGGGGAAAGCACAUGAUGAUUGUUAACUAAGAAAAGGUGUUAUCGCUGUCGUUUGGCCGGUAUAACACCCGAAAGGCUACCAGCGAAUUAUGAGGCAAUAUCGAUUAGCUUUGUGGAUAAAAGACAACAGUGGCUGUCUGAAGAAAAACAACCCCAAAACAUCACGAAAGAUAGGUCGACAAACUUACUCAUCCGGUUAGGCUACAAGCAAUUAAUUUAUUUUAUAUUAUUUACAAACAUAAAAUACUCGGAACCAAAUCAACCGGAACCUUAAAAGCGGUAGUCGCACGCCCAUCUUACCACACAAACACAGUAAAUUAACUAAUUCAAUAACGAUAAAUUGGCAACAGCACGUGCCUUGUGCUUUGUGAUUUCCGAUCGGUUCGUGAAGGAAAUUCGUAUCCUUUUCCAUCCAGCCGCUGCCAUAGAGCUGACUGGAAAUCGAUUCAUUGAUCCAACAGGGACUUGUGAGCAGCCGCAUAACUUUCCCUCCACUAACUUCCUCACCCCUCUAACCUACCCCCCCCCCCCCCCCCCCCCGCCUGUACUCACCAAAAAUGUUAGACAAGAGAACUAAGUUAUUGUGCGUUUUGAGCGACAGCGGUAGUAUUCAAUAUGGGUGCACUCUAGCGCCAUUGCUAGCUGCGUUUCCUUCUUAUGUUUGGAAUGAAUAAAUCAAGAAUCUGAUCGAAA